AUGAACCAUACGUCUACGUGGAAAAAGCCGUCCAUAUACAAUAUCAAGGAAGUGGCAGAGUUAUCCACCCCUGUCUUGUCUGCAAACUACCACCAGUUCUUGUAUUUAAACAAACAACUUCGCAUCCUAGAGCGAUCAGAAACAACAUACAUUAAUAAUAUAACUAUAGAACAGAAAAUAAUGUAUCGUCGUUACAUGGAGAAACUUUACCGCUCAAAAAUAAAUUUUGCUCGGAUGUGGGAAAACAAGGAUAUGGAAAGAAACCUUCGAGGUCAGAAGCUUAGUUACCUCAAUAAUGGAGGCGUGAAUAUGGAAGCAGAGGCUACUUUUCUUAAACUUUUACAAAGAAGAGCUCUAUCAGCUCAGAUAAGUAAGGGGAAACGUUCAGUGUCUGAUUCAAGUCAAGCAUCUUCAGAAGAAUUUGAGUCAUUCAUGGACAACAUUACGAUAGGACAAAGCCGAAGAAGUAAGCCGAUGACACCUUGCUUCGAUCGUGGUAGAAGAAAUGCCACCAAUACACGUCAAGGUACAGUAAGACCAGUAACAGCUGUAGGGGUUAAUGUCGAUAAGGAAUUCAAUGUUUUGCCAGGUGUUUCGGGGAAUGGAACUGACGCAAAAAUUCAAAACUUUAUAAAAAUUGUGAUAGGUGAACUUGAAAAUGGCGGAAGCUCAGAUGAUGAAAAAGAUACAAAUAGUUUUGUAGAGGUUCCCAAGCUGAAACUAAGACCUAAAACAUGCUCUGGUAAAAUUCAAAGGCGCCACACAACUACAACUAUGGAUGUUCGAUACCUGAUGCCAUCACCACCAAAGGAACCAAGAAAGAAACGUCGCUCCAUUUUUGUUGAAAAUUCUCGUCAAAAGAAACUUGACCAACAGAUUGAAAAGCUCAGAUCAAGGGACUUUAGGAGUGAAAUAAAAUCAUUGUGUGAAUCGCUGGAGCCUUACAUUUCCCAAGAUGGUGAUCAUUUGGACUAUUAUUCCCAGAAAGUUAUGGACAGUAUUGCGUCUUCACAAAGGAACAAAUGGACAGCGGGAAUAAUCACGCCAUGUGCUGAACGGUAA